AUGAACCUCAAAGACAGAUUCUCCAUAGAACUGCAUGGUGAUGGUCACCAUGGCGUCAUGCUGGUGUGCACUUUGGAUGAAGACCUCUACGCUCCCCUGGAGGAGCCCACUGGUACUGUAGACCCUAAGAAGAAGAAGGUCAAAGACAAGGUCAAGAUCUUUGUGUGGAACCAUGGCACCACCUGUCCUCUGAAGAACACAAGGAAGAGAAGAUUCAAGAAGAUAUUUAAAAAGCAGUACAUCGAGUCUCCCGACAUGGAGAAGGUAAAGAGAUUGCUAAGCACUGACGCAGAGGCCGUUAGUGUCCGCUGGGAGGUGAUAGCUGAGGAUGAGACCAAGGAGGCAGAAAACAAAGGCUGUCUGGUCAACCUGGACUCAUCAGAUGGGGCAUGGCUCCUCUGGUAA